AUGUAUGUUAAUCAUUUACGCUCCUUUGUGAGAAAUCUUAGAGCUCAACCAACGCGUUUACAUACUCGCGCAUCACAAAUCUCCCCAGUGCUACAAUAUUGUGACUUCGUUUUCGUUAGGGUUGAUCAGGUGAAGAAACCGUUACAGCCACCGUACGUCGGCCCAUACCGCGUUAUUUCGUGCCGACCUAAAUACUUCGUCAUCGACAAAGGAGGUGUUCAAGAUACCGUCAGCGUUGAUCGACUAAAAGUAGCUCACGUUGAUCCCACCUUAUUCUCUCCUAUCAACCAAUCACAACGCUUAUCUACGCCUCCGCUUCACACGAACGACAUAGCAAUUCCAAAGCCGGAUAACUUACAGCCAGCUGAUCAUACUCGUUCUGAUAGUAAAGCGUUGCUUGUUGCCACCGUAAAAAUGGGAGACUCGGCGGUGGAAAAGCGAGUGAUGUUGGACAUAAUUUUAUCGUUCAUUUGGAUCGCUUCAGACAAGCUUCGCACAGCUGAACACAGAACGCCGUCAGCACACAGAACAGAUGAUGACUGUCCCAGGGCUGAUCCGCCGGAUUACCGGAGUAAAGAAACACAUCCCGCGGUACCUCAGAAUUGUUUGGUGUGCGGUAAAUCCUUCCGUCACCUUUCAUCAGCUAAGAGACACCAGGAGCUGCACGCUGAAAAUGCCAGUGCUCAGUGUAGUUUGUGCAAAUCGUCGUUCCGAAAUGAGCGUUACUUGAGGCAACACAUGAGGCGACUUCAUUCUCCGGGAGAGAAGAAGCCUCGUAGAACAUCCAGUAAACGAGUGCCAGAAUCAGAGCUAAGAGAUAAUCCAUGUCCCAAAUGCGGAAAGUGCUUUUUGACUUGGAAGACUCUGUCUCAGCAUCUGAAAUGGUCACACGAUGAGGAAGCACAUCAACAAUGCGAGGAGUGUGGGGCCUUUUUCCAACGGAAAUCAAAUUUGGAUCGUCAUUUAAGCACGGUGCAUGAAAAGCAACGUCACUACAUGUGUGAUCAAUGCGGGCAAACCUUCGCUCGAUUAGAUAUUCUCAGGAGACAUGUUGCACAAAUGCACACCAAUCACCCGGACGACAAACGGCUUAUCAAUGAGAAACCGAUGGAUUACUAG